AUCGCGUUUUCAAUCUUAGCUGUCGGAAAGUUCAGUGGUCCUGAUACCUUCGGAUGUUUCGAUGCUCUCGUACUUCGACUUGAGGCAGGACAAGAGGAGAGAGAGAAAACCCUAUCUACUCCUCUCUCUCUCGCUGUCAAACGAAAGUUAGGGGAUACCGCAAGAAUUGGAGAAAGAAAUGCAAGUAAUACAAGCAUGCGAUUCUCGUAUUCAGCUUCUUCCGCAACCUCAUCAUCGAAACCAGAUCCCAACACAAACAAGACGUUGCUUGGGUCGGCGCGAGCUCUGCAUUUCCUCUCUCUCUUCUCCCUCAGAAGCACAACACAACGACGACGUCGUUUUAGCUCCCUCCAUUUCCACUCCAAGGAUUGGUCGAGAUCACGGAAAUGAUUUGGUCGAAGUAAUACAGAAGAGCUCGAAUUUCACAACUCGUCGGACGUUGUUUACUAGUGUAUUCAUGUACUCAUGGUAUCAUCCUUCAAGGUACUUAUCAGCCCAUGCUUUAGGGGAUCCGUCUGUCACAAUUGAGGAAGUGACGCCGCCUGUUUAUCCUUCUGGUGGACUCUUCCCUUCUGAGGAAAGGAUUGUGAAACUCUUUGAGAAGAACACUUAUGCUGUUGUCAACAUCUUUGAUGUAACAUUGCGUCCUCAGCUAAAUGUUACGGGUAUGGUGGAGAUUCCUGAAGGUAAUGGUUCUGGAGUGGUUUGGGAUGGACAAGGUCACAUUGUAACAAAUUAUCAUGUAAUAGGUAAUUCCCUUUCGAGAAAUCCAAGUCGUGGGCAAGUUGUUGCACGAGUUAAUAUUCUUGCUUCAGAAGGGGUCCAAAAGAAUUUCGAGGGCACGCUGAUUGGUGCAGACCGUGCCAAGGAUCUUGCUGUGUUGAAGGUGGAAGCCUCUGAAGAAUUGCUGAGGCCAAUCAAGGUGGGGACAUCGUCUUCUUUAAGAGUUGGCCAACAAUGCUUAGCUAUAGGAAAUCCAUUUGGUUUUGAUCACACUCUCACUGUUGGGGUUGUUAGUGGACUGAAUCGCGACAUAUCUAGUCGAAGUGGAGUCACAAUCGGUGGUGGUAUACAGACAGAUGCAGCUAUUAAUCCCGGAAAUAGUGGAGGUCCUCUACUGGAUUCAAAAGGGAAUUUAAUUGGGAUCAACACAGCUAUAUUCACUUCGACAGGGACAUCUGCUGGUGUAGGGUUUGCAAUUCCAUCCUCAACCGUCGCAAAGAUAAUACCUCAGUUGAUUCAAUUUGGCAAAGUUUAUCGAGCUGGGUUAAAUGUGGAUAUUGCUCCCGACUUGGUUGCGAAUCAACUUAAUGUGCGAAAUGGAGCUUUAGUUCUGCGGGUUCCAGGAAAUAGUCUUGCAGCGAAAGCCGGGAUACUUCCCACUACAAGGGGCUUUGCUGGUAAUAUUGUGCUGGGGGAUAUAAUAGUAGCAGUGGACAACAAACCUGUUAGAAGUAAAGCGGAGUUGGAUAGAGCGUUGGACGACUAUAAUGUUGGGGACAAAGUCCUCCUGAAGAUUCAGAGGGGUAAUGAGAACUUGGAGCUGCCUCUACCUUUAGAGCAAAACGAUUCAUGACAAAGGAGAUUGAUAGCCAUGUACUUAUUUGUAGUUCUUACCUUCAUAUUGAAUUGGAGAGAGAGAGAGAGAGAGAGAGAGAGAGAGAGAGAGAAUGGGUAGCAGUAGUUUCCACUCCUGUCUUUGUACUUAUUUUCUGAUGUAUUGAUUUUAUGUUUACCGUAGGCUGAUGUAAGACUUCACCUCAUGAAUGAAUUGUACUAGCAAUUAUAUGUAAUGAUGCAUUUCAUUUCAA